AAUGAACAUUCUGAAGCUUCCGAUAAAGGAAACUUCAUGUAUUUUAUCUUACAAUAUGUGCCAGAGCAUCCUGAAGCUUUCUAUGAAGAUGUAGUAAAAGAAUUUCACAAAUCACAAGGUUUGGAGAAAGCGGAUGCAAAUUCAAAUAAGCUGAUUAAUUUUACAAAAGAAGAAGAAGAAGUUGUCCGAAAAGCUUUUGAUAGAGAUUUUAAAGAUCCAAGUGAUCUUUCGAAAAG